AUUAAUUUCAAAAUUUACUAAUGCAUUACUAAAAUCAAAAACACAAAAUAUACAUAAGCUAUGUUGUCUAAUGUACUGUAUUUGCAUGUGUUCUAAGCUGCUAACAUUGGGGAAGACAUUUUGCCAUCUCUCUCGCGAGAGGAUAUCCGAGAUCUCUUUCCUGGUCCUGAGCACUUCCUGCGGCGCAAAGGUAUUUGGCGUUUGACUCAUAAGGAAGAACAGGAGCACAUCAUUCCUGUUGAAGGUUCAUCAGCAGAUGAUAAACAUACUGAAAGUUCAAAACAAGAUGACCCCAGUACAUCAAAGUUUUUAAAGUUACCCAGCCCAGAAUAUGUUCUCUUCACUGACAGUGAACUACAACAGAUGAGACGCACAUACUUUGAGCAGCAGCGUCUUGGAAAAGAGGGUGACGUCACCUUAUCAAAGGAGCUAUUCUGCCGGCUCAUCCGAAAUACCAUGACAAACAUGGUAUCAAUAGCAAGAGCAUCUUCAGAUGACUACAAAUAUCCCACUAAACAUGAAGUUAUUGCCAUGGCAAAACGGUUAGUGGAAUACUACCCUAUGAUAAAAGAUAAGUCAACUGGAUCUAGGCACGAGUGGGACACUGUUGCUAAAAAGCUCCUGAAGCGACUUUCAAAUAUCCGAAGUCCCAUGAAGGCCAAACAGCCUCCUUUCAAAAGAGCACGUCAGGACAAAGAACCUUCCGCUGCUGUGGCAAGUGACUAUGAUGCUGAUUCCAGUGCUUCAACAGUCAUUCUGUCAUCGCCUUCAAGUUCAAGCACCCCACGGCAAGAAAAUGACAGCAUUGAUGAAGCAUCUGAUGGUCCUGACAACAGCCUUGACAGCCAGAAAACCCAGGCAAGACAUUACAGGACCCUACAAGAAAUGUACAAAGCAAAGAAGCCAAAUAAAGCUGCUGUAACCCAUCUAUUAGACCUGGAGUUCCAGUCCAGAAGAAGUUUCAUUGACUCAAAUGUAUUGAAGGAGCAAGACAAACCCACAAAUAUUUUGCAAGCGUACCCCUGCUUCAAAGAAUUGGACCAUGCAAUGGAUGAACUACGAAGAAUCAUUGAGCCAAACAACUCCAAAUACAUUUCUGAGGUGAAGGACAGGUGGGAGACCUUCUACUCCAAGGUUCAGUUUUAUGGAGUGAUGAAAAAAGUCAUGAAGCCUCCAAGGACAUUAAAUGGAGUUGAACAUGCCAUUGCUGUUUUUACUGCCCUACCGCUGCUCUUCCCAUCUGGGUCUGCAGCACCGAAGAAACAGGUCCCAAUCAGUGAGGCUCUUUUCCAUGUUCUGACGCCCUCAGAGGACCCGGAUACCUACAUCCACAGGCGUGCAUUUUCCAGUCCUGUCUUGCUGGUUGGUGAGGAGAACUGCAUGGUGGUUGUAGGUACAACCCCAGUUCUAACAUUUGACAAAGACUUGCUCUAUGAGGGGCCUCUCUACCUCCUGGCCUAUUACUAUGCAUUUCAUCUCACAUAUCCAAAGUGUCUUGCAACACUCCUGUCUGUGUUGCAAACACAAGUUCUGAGAGAUGUCAUCCACGAGCAGGAUGAAACCCCCUCGUACAAAAAGGCCAUUCAUGAAUGGAGAAUGUUUGUUGACUAAUUGCUGUUUCAAACUGCUGUGGCUGAGAGACAGCUGCAUAUUUUUUUUUCGGCCAUUAUAUUUGCACUUGAUUUGUGCUGUUAGGAGAUUUUCCCCAUUUUCAGGAGAUUAAAUGUAUCUAACAUACAGUAAUGCAGCACAGCAAAACCAAAAAAAGUAAUUGCUGUGUGUAACUUUACAGGACUGCUGAGGGUAUACAGUGUUGUUUUGUGCCAGAGUAUAUUUUUUGUUGUUAUUAUUAACGUUGGACUGUUCAUCCUGUUUUGCUGUACCUCAGUUGUUUAAGAGGAAAAUGUUCAUUUUUGAAUCUGCCAUGGAUUCAAGGCAUUGUUGACCCAAACUUCAAUUACUUCUUAAUCUUAUGUUGUUUCAAACCUGUUUUUUUUUUUCUUUUGGCUACAGAAGAUAUUAUUUAGAAUGUUGGGAACUGUUGAUGGUAGCUAUUGACUUUCAUAGUAUUUUUUUUUAUUUAUUUUGUAUAUUUUUCUUGCUAUGAAAGCUGGCAACAUUCUUCAAAGUGUCAUCUUCUGCAAAAAAAAAAACUCAUAAGGAUUUGAAGAACAUAAGGGUGAGCAUGAUAAUUAUUUGAUUUUUGGGUUGCUAUCAUGUUACGAAGUAAAUUGAUCCAGGCUGUUUGAAGCUUAAAUGCUGUUUGAGUUUGUGUAGACUGAGGCAAAGCAUUUUGCAUAGAAUACUUGCGGUUUCUGUGCCAGGUAUUUUAUUUCAUUUUAAAGUGUAAGCUUGUCUUUGCUUAUCCUGCCUUAUGCUCCAUUUGUUUAGAAUUUUAAAGAAUGUUCUUUAAUAAAUGUUCAGCAAAGCUG